AUGGAGGGCGAGUCGGUGACUUCGUUCGUUGGGCGGCUGAGAGAAAAGGCAGAUGUUUGCGAAUUCAGCUCCACUUCUGUGGAUACCGUUGUCAACUGUCAAAUUCGAGACCAGCUGAUCGUGGGCCUGCGUUCUGUUGAGCUUCGAAAGGAGCUGCUGAAACAGUCGAAGCUGACCCUGAACGACGCCGUCACCAAGUCAGUGGCGUUGGAAGCUUCGAUUACUGACAGUAAACUGUACGAUAGUACCAGAGCUAGUGAUGCACCGCCUGUGUUCCCCGUGCCCAUCCAGCGUGUGCAAGCUGUCUCUGCAGCUGGUUCUGAAUCAGAGGGAAAGAAGUGCAAAUACUGCGGACGUAGUCACAACCCAGGCAUGCGUCACUGUCCUGCGGCCAACGUCACCUGCAACAAGUGUGGCAAGCGAGGGCAUUUUGCAGCGGUCUGA